AUGCGUGUGCCCCAGGAUGGUCGGACGCCACUGCAUUGGGCCGCAUCGAGCGGCUCGACCGAAAUCGUGUGCUAUCUCAUUGCGAAGAACUCAGAUGUAAUCGACAACGUGGAUGAGGGUGGAUGGACAGCCUUGCACAUAGCUGUAAGCGCAGGCCAUGAAGAUGUCGUUCGAGAGCUAGUGGGCGCUGGGGCUGACGUAAACAGAAAGAAUGACAAGGGAAUUACUCCUCUGUUAGUAAUGUUCCCGCUGGGGAUUAUCUCUACUGGUCUGACAUACUCUGUUUAG